AUGUCGAGACGUGAUACAAGACGCGAUACAAUAGUUGAGCAUUAUCCACUUGUUGAAGGCCAGCAGCAGGUUGACAUCCAGCGAGUGGUGGUGAUAUCCAUCGACCCAAAUUCAGCCAAGUAUGUAAUCGAUUGGGCUGUCGACAACUUUAUCCAACCCAGCAAGGAUUUGGUUGUGCUUGUCCAUGUACGACUAUUAGAGAUGCCAAUGGCACCCUAUGCAGAUUCGGCUGGAUACAUGGAUGAUGCAGCGGAGGAGCGUAAAGCAGAAAGUCAUGAUCUUUUGAAGGAAUACGCAUCAGGUCUAUGGCAUAAGCAGAUUGCAUGCAAGGCAGUAUCCAUGAUUGGCGAUCCUAAAGCUGAGAUUGUUCGCAAAGUACAAGAGACGCAUGCAGAUGUAUUGAUUAUGGGAUCUCGUAAUAUGGGUACCAUUAGGAGGACUCUCCUUGGAAGUGUCAGCGACCACUGCGUGCAUCAUGCACCAUCCACAGUUAUCAUUGCUAAACCACCACCAGCUGAACAUGAGGAUGAAGGCAACAAAGAAACUCGACGUCGUUCAUUCUUGCAACGUAUUCGAUCAAGCUCUUAA